CCUUUAUUCGUCGUUGAACUUAUUAAAUAUGUUUCCGUCUUUGGAGCAAAGUGGUACGUUCCACUAGUAUUGAAGGCAAAGCUGAAACCGAAUUGUCCACCAAGAGGAAGAGCCGUCGCUGGCGCUUUCCCCCGCAGCAUCAUUUAAAAAGAAAAGGCUGUACGAUUUCUUUAGCUUGUAGUCUUCCAGACAGGUCGCCAUGGCUCUGUGCGGGGGUGUCGGAGCCAUGGCUUUGCCCAGCGAGCUUAUCGUCCACAUCUUCUCCUUUCUGUCCGACCGAGACAAGCUCCGGGCCUCGGCUGUGUGCUCUCGGUGGAGGGAGUGUCUCUUCUACCCCGCGCUGUGGACCGAGCUCAAGCUGCGGAUAGGUGGAGGCGGCUGUAACGGCUCCGAAGACACCUCCAAGCUGGAGUUCCUCAUGCGGAAGUUCGGCUCCUUUGUGCGCGAGCUGCAGCUGGAGCUCGCGCCGGUGGAAGGUAACGUCAGCCCGCUGAACAACGACCCGUCGUCGGCCAGGAUGGAGCAGCCUCUCGGUCCUGAUGGCGACCAGCAGCACUCGGAGCGAUGGAGGGACGCCAUGGCCACCUUCUUGGACCAGGUGUUGUGCGUGUGUACCAGCAUCCGAAACAAUAGAAACUUGCAGAAGCUGAGUCUGUAUGGAGACACCUUUAUGCUCCAACAGGAAGGACUGCUGGACAACUCCAUCCUGCAUCAGAUCCACCAGGGAGACAAGAAGAUCAAUGAAAUCCAGCAGCUGUUCAUGGAGCUGCUGUCCAACAGCAGGCAGCUCAGAUGGUUGUCCUGCAGCUUCAUGCUGGGUCUGGUGACUCCCUGCUCCCUGGCCUGUCUGUCCAAUCCUUCAGCCGAGACCCUCCAGCACCUUAGUCUACUGGACCACCAGCAUGGUCCCCUCAUCCCACCGUCAGAGCUGGACCGGCUGUCCAACAUUCACUCCCUGGCUUUGGAGUUUUCUGACUUCACCUCAGAGCUUUGUGGUUUGUUAGCAUCGCCGCGGCGAACCCCGCUUCACCGCCUGGCCCUGCUGCUCAACGGCGCCGCCCUGGAGUUCAAACAGCUGGAAGGGACGCCUACCGAGGACGACUGGAAGGCGCUGAUCCGUGCGAGCGCCAACCUUCGAGUGUACAUCAUGGCACUGGAGGUGGACAGCUCUGAGCUCCUCCGGGUUCUAAAGCCCAGCCUUCCCCUGGAGCGGCUUCACCUGGACAGCUACGGCACGAUGGUGAGCGACGCCAUUCUGGAGCUCAUUGCUCAGCAGUACAACAAAACACUGACCCAUUUCCUGCUCCUGAGGGAUGGCCCCGACUUCCCUGACCUCAGCGUCAACCGGAACGAGGACCCUCUGGUAAUGUUGGCCUGGAGGUGUACUCAGCUGGCGGUUCUGGUGGUGCACGGUUACACGGUCUGGUCCCAUAACCUGGUGGCCAUCUCUCGGCUCCGUGGCUCCAGUCUCCGCGUUCUGACCGUCUCCGAGGAGAGCAUCGACUUCGACCCGGACCAGUCCCUGUAUGUGGAGGGAGACCCUGUCCACAACCUGGUGAAGGAGGUGUCUCUGGGACUGGGCCAUGUUUGGCACCCCUGCCUGGACUUCAGCAGGGUUUUGUCUGAGCCCACCCAACACUUCCACCGCGAGCUGCAUGCCUUCUGCACGGGAAUGUAGGCAAGGGACGGCGAGCCGAAGCCGGACGGGGCCGGGCCUAACGAGUCCAGGUUGAGUCAGACCUCUGAUCCUAAAGCAGCUCUAAUCUAAAACUUCAAGUGAACAAAGUUGUUUUUAUUUUAUUUUUAUCACAGAAUCAGUCCUGUUGAUUUUUACAGAAACCACAAAAAACAUUCAGCUUCUGGUGGGUUUCAUUUGUCUGUUAAAACGAAUCACCUGCUGCUUCUAACACCAGUCUGACCCGGUCUGGCCUGGCCCGGUCCAGUCUGGUCUGACCCGGUCCGGUAUGACCCGGUCCGGUCUGGUCUGACCCGGUCUGGUCUGGUCUGGCCCGACCCGGUCUGGCCCGACCCGGUCUGGUCUGACCCGGUCUGGCCUGGCCCGACCCGGUCUGACCCGACCCGGUCUGGUCUGACCCGGUCUGGCCUGGCCCGACCCGGUCUGGCCCGACCCGGUCCGGUAUGACCCGAUCCAGUCUGGUCUGACCCGGUCCAGUCUGGCCCGACCCGGUCCAGUCUGGUCUGACCCAGUUCGGUCUGGUCCAGUCUGGUCCGGUCUGACCUGACCCGGUCUGGUUCGAUCCGGUCUGGCCCGAACCGGUCUGGUUCGGUCCGGUCUGACCGGUCCAGUCUUGCCCGACCUGGUUCGGUCUGGUCCAGUCUGGUCUGACCUGGUCCAGUCUGGCCCGACCUGGUUCGGUCCGGUCUGGCCCGGUCCAGUCUGGCCCGACCCGGUCCGGUCUUGCCCUCACAUAUUCAGCUCUGUGUUUGUCACCUUUACUUCAGAGCUUCUCUGUAUGAUGUUUUGUUUUUCGUCCAUUUUUGUUCCACAAUGCUUGCCGUACCUCCCCGCUCUGAGUGUUCUCAACCUUUCUGUUGUAUUUAGUCUUCCGUGUGGGCCGUUGUCGCCUGAGAAGGCUUUGUGUGUCCUUAAGUCUGGGUUUAUUAUGAUCCUGCUCCCAGCUGGAACAGGCUGGGUGAUGGAUUGACUCUUAGUUUGUAAAUCAGCAACUUCCUGGGCAACAAAACCAAAGCUGCUGCUUUCAUUUCCCGUCGCUCGGAUUCGGGAGCCUCGUCAGCAGGACGGGAAGCUCUAGUGGAAGUUCAGGAGCCAGUUUCAGGAUUAGAGUCAAACGAGCGACCUUCUUGGCACCUUACCGACAGUGUUGAGAAGAUUUUUGUUACCUGCUUCCUGUCCUGCUCACUUCCUGAUGAGCCUCAGCGGACAGCCCCUCUGACUGAUGUUCAGAACCAGAACAACAACAUUAAUGUGUUCUGUCUUCUACACUGGUUGUAAAUUUUACCCUUUUUUCUUUAUUGGUGAUUAUUCCGUGCAUUAUUUCAGAUUCAGAGCCUGUUUCCAGCUCUUCUGUUUGGUGGAAAUGUAAUUUUAAUUACUUGCUGACAUUGAGGCACCAGACGGGCUCUGAGAUCUUAAACUAUUCUAGAAAAAAGGCUGUUUUAUUUGUUUGUUUGUUUUUUGUUUUGUAGAAGCAUAUUUGUGUUCUUCCAUGUUCUUGUUGAGGCCGAGCUGAAGCAGCAGCUGUAGGCGCGGCUCUGGGGUGGCAGAUUUACCAGCAGCACUGUAGGAAGGAAAGCCGUUCCUCGUUGAAGAACGUUUCAGGGUGACGAGCAGAGACAGGAAACGGGGAUUCGCUGAGGUGUUGUUCAUCCAGACCCCAGCUGGUGCACAAGCGGGUCCUGCUUGGUGCUGCUUCUGCUGUGGUUCCUUCAGCACAUCAAGGUUCCUGGACGUGUGGCUGAAGGUGCGCUGUCGCCUCAGGUGUGCCUGUGACAUCACUCCAACAGUGUGGUGGUGUGGAGGAGAAGGAUGUACUAAACAAUCAGUCUUUUUUUUUAUUUAUCUUGAGUCACAGUUGCCUUGGAAACGCCCUCACUUUCUCCAGAUAGUUGUUCUUGUAGACGAUGCUGAUGUUUAUCUUGCCGUCCGACAGAAGCCCUCCCUCUGCUUCAGUUUCGAGGGUUAGCGAACUUUAAUCGUACAUUUGUUUCUGAAGAUUAAGGUUGACAAAGACUAAAGAAAGGCAAGACCUAGCUGCUCGUUGCACACGUCUGUGUCGGUGUUUGACCCGCUGGGCCUGAGCACGUCUGAGCUGACAGGAGGACGUCUGACUGACACGGCCGAUCUUGUGUUUCCAUGUUUGUUCACAAAGUGCUAGCACGAUCGACACGUUUGUGCCCAAGGCGGGCGUUGGUGAUGUCUGACGUCCCGCAAAGGUGUUUACCAAGAAAAUUCAAGUCAGGAAGAGCCGUCGUCAGACGAAUCUGCCUCCUCAAUGGCGUCAGCUCAGGACAAAGGCGCUGUGGGUUAUUAUGGUCUGUCGUUUACCAAGAUGACCUCCUGAUGUGGAACUGUUGACAUCACCCAGCACUUUACUCGUUUCCGAAUGAGUCGGCCCCGGCGACGGGCCCACGGUUACCAAAUGUUCUAGUGAAGGGACCUUGAUGGUUCGGCCAUGAUGAUCUGUACAGUCCUCGGUUCAUAUCUCAGGAUAAAAGCACUUUGGUACCAGGACGGCGGUGAAGGACACACCAGCAUGAUGCAUCCAGAACUAGACAUGUUGGCUUUGUGUUUUAAGAUCUCCUGUGAAGGAUUUUAAUGCAAGUCUUUUAGAACUUCUGUCAGACGUCCGUGUCGGUCAGAGGCAGAAAAUCAGCAUUGUCUUUUUUUAAGUUGAAUGUACGUCAGACUAGCUAGAAAACCUCUUUGUUUUAUGUUCCGUUUGCUUUUUACAGUCGGUUUUACCGGCUCUGGUUACCGUUGUUUCAAGUGUCCUCGUGUUGGAGACCCAAAUGCGUCCGCGGGACGGAGUCUCCGUUUGCUUUUCCAGAUGUAACCCUGGGCAAAAAAAAAUAAACAUUUCAGUUAUUUACAAAACUCCCAACAACAGUUUCCUCCUCUGACGUCUGUUGCCCGCCGGCUCAAGAACAGUCUGAUGAAAGCACAUCCUGGUCCGUUUUUGUGUCCGAGGGCUGGAGGAACUCGCCUCCAAAACCAAAUUUAAGUUAAGAGUGUGAUGUUCUUCUAAAGAGACCAGAACCGACUCAAACACGUGAACAGUGUUCGAAACUCUGAGCUUUCGGUUCUCCAGUCUGGCGAUUUUUGGCUACGGAGGCUAAAAUUUGAGCUGUCCGAAAGUUUCCGAGUCUUUUUGCUUCCCAGACCUUUGCUCUCCGUAGUUUUGUGUUAGACGUUGGUUGUUGCCGUUAGUUUGCGCUUUAGAGACGCGGCGUCACGCGCUACGGCGUUACGCGCUACGGCGUUACGCGCUACGGCGUUACGCGCUACAGCGUUACGCGCUACAGCGUUACGCGCUACAGCGUUACGCGCUACGGCGUUACGCGCUACGGCGUUACGCGCUACGGCGUUACGCGCUACAGCGUUACACGCUACGGCGUUACGCGCUACGGCGUCACGCGCUACGGCGUUACGCGCUACAGCGUUACGCGCUACGCCAUCGCACACCACUGCGUAUAUUCCCCAUGUGGGUGUUUUAACUUCUCUUGUAGUGUGCCUGUAUAUUUUGCGUACGUUUUCACAUGUAUCCGGUAUAAAUGCGUGAACGAGCUGUUAGUUGUGAAAUGUUUUACGCACACCUGAGAGACUGAGUGUGUUAGUGUGUGUGUGUGUGUGUGUUUAGUAGUGGAGUUCUAUCACUUCUGCCGCAGAACGGGACAGGAACAGGAGUCGUUCGCUCUCAGGGUGCGGUCGGGUUCCUAAACGGCGGAGGAUGGAAGGGAACGUCCGCUCAGGCCUCUCAGGAGUCGGUGGAUCUGUUCUCCUCUGAUGAAGCUGCCAAAGAUCUCCGUAGAGCAGCCGGGUCCGUCUGAAGUGCCCGUCCACAAACAAACGCAGUAUUGUCUCUGAUAUUUAGUUUGUCCAAACCCGUCUUCGCUGGAGCUCAGAAACCGUCUGAUGUGAGUUUGGAGGGAAUUCAAACCAAAGCAGACUUGGACCGCGGUACUGGACCCAACAUUGUUGCACAUCUCAAAACGUGGCCGGUUUGUUACCUCUGAAUGGCUCUCAGGGUUCAUGUUAACAAGACAUCAUUAAUCAAACCCAGAUUCAUCACUGAGUGGCCGGAGCUUCAGCAGCCAGCUCGCCGCCGCCAUCGUCGCUCAUCGGUUUCUGUCUGAGGUUCACUGUGAGGAGCGAGUGAAUGUAAAGCAAAAGGCGCAGGCUUCAGCCAUGACUCCUACAGAUGCUUCCAGAUGUUACUGAUAUCAGAAAUGCCCGAUGGGAUAUCUUCUGCUCAAUGGGAACGCUUAUUCCUGCUGUUGGCGUGUUCUCUGCUAAGGGCGGGACAUUUCACGUGGAGGGUUCGGUUCCUCGGGUUGGCUAACUACGCGGCUGUAGCUUGUGCAUGAAAGUAAAUCUAAACAAAUGUAGUAUAUAUUUUUUCACUUUGAGUGGUCUGAUUUGGGCCAAGUUCCACCGGAAUAGCAGCUGGUCUGAGCCGAGCGGGAGUGUGUGUGUUUCUGCGAUGCCAUGCGUCGGCCGUGUUUUCGGGCCUUUUGUGUCUGGUACACAAAAAUAAAAACAGCCUACUGAGAGCGCGUCAGACGUGAAAUCUAGGUGCUUCUGCCUGUAAAAUGAGUCGGUCUCACGUUCUGAACCAGUGUGGCGGGUGAAGACGUUGCCAUGAGAGGAAGCUGACUGGUUUCUGCUGCACGAAGGCUCAAGUUUGAUGAGUAGAAAGAGCUUUAUAUGUAAAAACGUUUGCCAUGAAAGUGGUUUCAAAGGCUCUAGAGGCGAGGAACGGGUUCGUAAGAGCAGCCGUGCUCGGCCCAGUCUGCCUCUUUAGUUCUCUUGUUGUUUUGAACGCCGUGUGUUUUUCUGGGUUUAUCCUGGGAGAGAAAACGGCACUCCUGCGGCCCGUUUGAUCCGGAUCCUCAGAGCUGGCCUCUCAUUCGCUCCGUCUGAGUAUUUAAACGGUCGCCAUCGCCGUGCCGUUCAGGUCCAGAUUCACACGUAUGGUUGAGUGAGAGCUCGGAGGCACAGUACACUCGUUUUCUCUCCACCUCGAUGCCAACUUUAACGUUUGUCGUGCCGACGCUCGGGAUGUUUGCAGCGUUCUGGAAAUGAAAACGUCUGAAAGGAUGAAUGAUGGUUCUGGGCUCGACGUUUAAAUGCCCUCAGAGGCAGAUUUUAGUUUCUGGAUCCGGGCUUUCCUCGCCACAAAGUUCUGCUGUUUGUUUUUUAUUGUUGAAUUUCACUAAACGCUCCAACAACGGAGCCAUCUGUGAGCCCACAAAGGGCCGGACCCGUGCAGGAAUGUGAUCCUGGUGUGUUUCAGCCUCAUGGAGGAAAACGAACACAGGAAGUCCACCGUCGUACAAUCAGUGUUUGGACGCGUCGGCGGGAUUGUUUCCAGAAAUCUAGUUUCCUCCCGUUUUUGGUGCCAGUCAGCUGCUGCUGAUGAUGAGUGGGUUAUUUAUGGUAUGAACUUGUACCUGCUGCUAUGUAGUUGUAGAGAAACGACAAAAGGCGCUGAUUUUUGGACCCGGUGGUUUUGGUGCAGAGGUAUCGGAGCUCAGCAGCCGCGGCCGGGACGUUUCUGGCUGCUAAACAAAGUCUUUCUUGUGGAGAGCCAAAGGUCCUCAUUAUCCAGGCAGGUGAGCCUGCUGCCCGGUCCGGCUCACAGCUAUGCAAGACGAGUGCACAUACUCCAAACCCGUAGUCUCACCUGUCGGAGUGGUGAAGAUGUACGCUAGGAAGAGGUUGCAGUGACAAUACUUGGCCUUACGACCGUUUGUGGGAUCUUGAGUCGUUUCGUCUUCAGAUGUCUGGAUUCUGGCCGGCCCGAUGGCGGCGGCAGCAGUGGUGAUGGCGGCUCACUCUUGGUCUCUGUGAGACUGGCUAGACGGCCCCAGUUUUAUCGUGGUACGAAUGUUGUGCAUUUGUUUAAAAUCAGGACAGUUUGCAUUAACAGCAGUUUUACUAGUGGCUACAAGGGGGCAGUGCUGACGACGCCCGGCUGCGUCUGUAGAAAACCAUAGAGGAAGAAAUAUAAACUAUAUGCAUAAAUAAAGUAUAUAUAUAUAUAUAUAUAUAUAUAAACUCACACAGUGCAUACUUGUAUAGGUGUCAACAAGCAUCAUCGUGUUCUGUAACACCUGUCCGGGUUCAGUUUCUGAACAUGAAACGUGUAAAAAACCACAGACUUUGUAAAUCAGACGCUGUUGUUGUGGUUUGUUUGUUUAUUUUCCAGAAAUGGGUUUUAACCAUCAUUACUGUUGAAUGUUCCGAGUGUAAAAAGCUGUUUGCAAAAGAAAGACUGGACCCAAAACACAGCUGGGUGGGCUCGGGUCUGCAGCGACCCAUCUUACAUGCUGAAUCAGCUGAUUUGCUUCAGGUACGUCUGGAGCGUUCCCAACACGGAUCAAAAAACAGCCUCUUCCCCAAAGUCUGGCUCACGUCUGAUUAAUGUAGAAUCUGUUCUUCCCAGUUGUGUUUUGGACGGGUCUGCAGGGAAAGAGGCCGAGGGCCAUGUUGGAAAACGCCACAAAAAAAAAGAAAAGGCACAUGGAUGAUGACACCUGAGGGUCCACCUGCCCAGAGUUGAUUUGAGUUGAUGUUGAAUGAAUGCUUCUUUUUUUUUUAAGCCAGUGAAUAAAAAUAUUUUAAAAAGUCA